GUGGAAACUCGUAUUUCCUGCAUUUCUUCUUUUCUUUUUACCCGCUGCGUCCUCUCUCUUAACGGUUCUUUUCUUUGCGCGACUCCCUCGUGCUUCGUGGUGUCAGCUCUACAUCACGGGCCACGCUCUUGUCGUCUUUGUUUUUUUCUUGUCUCCUUCCUAGCUCACACUUGAUCAUGUCUAUGGCAGAGGAGGUUUACGCGGAGGGCCGCCGCAGCAUGCAGGAGACGCGGUCCUCGCAGGCGCAGCGCUUUCUCACCAACCGGCCCGUUUCCAUCAGUGAACCGAAGCGUUUUUUCAUGCUCCUCAUCGGCGUCUACGCGUGCAUCUGUGCCUCCACCGGUUACGUGUACAACCUCUUCUCCGGUAGGCUCCAGGAAAAGUACGAUUUCACGCAGAAACAGAUGUCGGUUAUUACGACCAUGUCGGGUGUGCUCAGCAUUGUGGUGUUCCCUCUCGCCGGGGUGUACGACUACUACGGUCCGCGGUCGCUCUUCAUGAUCGGGAUGGUAUUCUUCCCUAUUGGCGGCGUUCUAUUCGGGCUAGCCUUCGCAGACGCAGUGGACGGCAAUGUGGCGCGCUUUACCGUCUUUAGCGCCUUCCUCAGCGUUGGCACGGCGAUGUUCGACAUUGCCGGUCUCAUGACCAUUCUCAGCGUCUUCCCGAGCAGUCGCGGAGCCGUCAUUGCGGUCAUGAAAACGUUCAUUGGCAUCGGCUCCGCGAUCUUCGGCGCGUUCCAGCUCGGCUUCUUCGAAGACGACAUCAGCGGCUUCUUUUACUUUAUGUCCGCCUUCGUCGGCGUCGUCGGGCUUUUCUGCGUGCUGUUUGUCGAGCUGCCGCCCUACCAACUCACCGGCUACGAGGAGAGGUACCUCACCGAGGCGGACAAGGCGAAGCGGCUGGCCACCAAACGCGUCUACCUCGAGAAGGUGCCGUCGCCGCGGCGCUUCGUGAUUGGCUUUGCGCUUGUAUCGGUACUCAUCGUCUUUUUACCGGUUCAGAGCUCGCUGGUGGCCUACUUGAAGCUCGGCCAUCCCUAUAAGUUGGGCUUCGCACUCGCCACUGUGGCCGUCAUGGUGCUCUACACCGUCAUGGCGGUGCCACUGCGUUGGCUAGACGUGGGCAGCACCAACAUCGUCGAACAGCUCCCUGACGAGGAUGAGGGGGCGGAGAGUGUGGCGGCUGCGGCCGGGGGACGCCGCAUGACCGCCUCGCAGCGCCUCAGUCGCCGCAUCAACUCUGCUCGCACGAGCAUAGCGGAGCAGGCGAUCUUCAGCGCCGCUGCUAUCGAUGAGUCGGCGCACAUUGCCCCGCAGUACCAGACGACGUUCUUUGAAAGCGUCUGCACACUUAAGCUGUGGGCCCUUGCAUACUCGCUCUUCUGCAUCUUUGGCACCCAAACGGUAAUCAUUGUCAACGCACGAUUUGUGUACGCCGCCGCCUCGGAGACGAAGAUGACGCAGGAGGUGGCCUCCCUCCUGACAGUGUUCAACGGCGCCGGCAGCGCUGUGGGGCGCAUUGUGAUGAGCAUCUUUGAGGUGUGGACGCAGAAGCGGAAGCCAGAGGAGCGCAUCCCCCUUACCAUGGCGCUCUUCAUUCCGUCGGUAAUUAUGCUGGCCGCCUCAACCAUGCUCCUCUUUGUGCGCAAAGAGUGGCUCCUCAUCCCCUUCGGAUUGACGGCGCUGGGCAACGGCUUUUCAGCUGCCACGGUGGUGCUGGUGAUGCGCACCCUGUACGCCAAGAGUGUGGCGAACCACUACAACUGCAUGUCGCUCGCUUCUCUCGUUGCCUCAAUUUUGUUGAAUCAGAUUUUAUACGGCGAAUGGUACACGAAAGAGGCCAAGAAGCAGGGCAACAGCAUCUGCAUCGGCCGCCAAUGCAUUUUUGUGCCGUUUGUGAUUAUGAGUGUGCUGGUUUUUACAAGUCUUUUCUCUAGCUUGUACGUGCAUUUGAAUUACAAAGCGUUUUGCGAGGAGGCGCUGGCCGAGCGCGCGCAGUUACGCUGUGAGCGUGCGCGUGUGGCGAACACGCACUCUCACAACACCGAGGACGAGCGCGAGCCGCUGUUGGAAUCGCCCCAUUAG